AUGCGUGUAGCCGUUUUGGUGAUGCUGGUGCCUAUACUGGUGAGGGCUGGGUCAGAAUGUAAGGCUAGCUGUCGCCUUGCCAACAUCUCUAUCACUGUGGAGAGUGAAGAAUGCGGGAGCUGCAUGACCAUCAACACCACGUCUUGCGCUGGCCUCUGCCAGACACAGGAGAGAGCUUACCGCAGCCCGAUGGCACCAUAUGUCCAGAACACCUGCAACUUCAGGGAGUGGACGUAUGAGACCAUCCAGCUGCCGGGCUGCCCGGCAGGGGUGGACUCGUCCUUCACUUACCCUGUGGCCCUGAGCUGUGAGUGCAUCCAGUGCAACACGGACAGCACAGACUGCGGAGCGCUCAGCAUGCAGCCCAGCAGCUGUCCCUCGUUCUCCCACUACUGA